AUGUUGGCCCUGCUGCGGCAGUCAUUCACACGGCCAGGGCCACUUCUGGGCCCAUGCACCCCCGCCUUGUGGCAUCUGAGCCGCCAGAUCAGCGUGCUGAGCGGUGAUGAGAACGAAUGCCUGCAUGGCUUUCGGCAGGGCACGAUUGUGCCGCGGGUGGUGUCCUACCAGAUAGGCCUCAGGCAGGCGCAGCUGGCGUUCGAGCAGUGGCAGCAGUCGCACUGGCUGGCCCCCUCGAAGCUGCUGCACCGGGGCCUCAUCAGCAUGCAUGCAGCCCUGCUGCCCUUCUGGCUCUUUGAGGCCACAGUCCAUGUAGAAUACACAGGGCAGCUGGGGUUCCCCAUAGACCAUAAAUCCAUGGUGUGGAAGGACACCCACUGGCGGAUAAGGGGCUUCAGGGAAUACCCGUGGACACUGUCCAGCAUGCAGGUGUAUGCCUCGUACAAGUACAGGAGGGAUCUAGCAGAGGCGGCAAAGGUGGCGGGCAUCAUGGGCAGGAGCCGGCAGCUGAAGCGCUCAGAGGCCGAGCACCUGCUGGCGGAUGAGGUGGGCUGGGGAGAUGGGGGAGAGGCUGACGUGGCGUUGGACCCCCCGACGGUGCGGCAGGCCAUAGGCUGGUCAUUCGCGCUGCGCAACAUCCGGCGCUUGGAGACUGAGGAAGCUGCCGAGCAGCUUCGGCGGGAGACCGGCGCUGAGACCGUGCGCAAUGUCAAGGCACGGCACACAUGCCAUGUUAUUGCAAAGGACUUUUGCGCGUUGCAGAUGGUGCAGGUGAGGGUGCGGACAGUGCGGAGGAGGGCGCGCCUUCUGUACCUGCCUGCCUACGUGGCGGACUACAAAUUCGGCGAGGCCUUCAACGCGCACGGGGAGCGGCGCCCGCAGCGGUUCAGAGCCAUUGUUUCUGGCAUGGACGCCAGUCGCAUUGCCGCCGAACGCCACUUCAGCCCCCAUAAGGUGCAAGCGGCAGCGGCAGGCGCGAUGGCGCUGAUAGGCCUGGCAGCUGGCGCUAUAGAGCUGGGCAACAAUGGAUCCCCCCAGCUGCUCUCCGCCACCUCAGCCUUCUCAGUCUUCAUGGUCUGCUCCGCAGCAGGGCUGGCAGCGCGGAUGUCCACUCAGCUGAUGAGGGAGCGGCAGGAGCAGGAACGCCUCGCAACGGAGGAGAUGGACUUUGAGCGAAUCAUGGGCUGGGGGCUGGGGCCCAUGGACGCGCUCGACCAGGAGCAGGAGGAGGUUCGCGAGGCGACGGAGUGGACGCGGUGGCAGGAGGCGGACAAGUGGAGCUGGGACGAGGCCAAGCGCCAGCGAUGGGCCGAGGGACUCUGGCGUCACCAGCAGAAGCGCCGCCUCGAACGCGCCGCCCUGCGUGCCAAACUCGCCGCCGCCAAUGCCCGCCAGAAACUCGAGGCGCAGUUUGAGGCGCGCAGGCGAGCAAAGUGGGGCCAUUCGAGCCACCACGGCGCGUGGCACGCCAAGCAGGGGGCGGCUGUCGGGGCGAGCGGCUACGGCGGCGGCCGGCGCGACUUCUUGGGGUACUACGCGAUGCUAGGAUUAGACGUUGAGGCCGGGGCAGGGGUGAGCGAGGGGGACGUGAAGCGCGCGUUCCGGCAGGCCGCUCUGCGCUGGCACCCCGACCGCCAAAAGAGUGCAGAUGAGCAGGGCAGGCGAAAAGCGCAGGAGCGUUUCCAGCAGCUGAAGACUGCCUAUGAGGUCCUGCGCAACCCGGAGCUGCGCAGAGAAUAUGACAACGGCCGCAUGGCUGAAGCCGCCUGAUCCCGGCUUACGGCAGGCUAAUACAAGAUAUAUAUUCAGCUUCAAACGCACACAGCAUGUAUCGCCGCUGCAGAGAUUUAGCUGCGCGCGCAGAGAGUCUGACGGCGGUUUUAGGCUAAAGCCGCCUGACCCCGGCUUCAAACAGGCUGAACUUAGAUCUUUGUGCAGCUUGAAGUGCGCACAGCAUGUACUGCGGCUGCAGAGACAUACCUGCGCAGAGAGUAUGACA